AUGCUAAAUCUGCAAAUAGAGCAACAGACUGAAGAGGAUAUCAGAGCUUCACAGUCAAUUAUUGCCCAUAUCAACGUUUGCAUCGCGCUACUUGACGAGUCCAACAAAAAAGAGGUCGAAGCGCAAGUCAACUCGAUUUUGGAAAAGUCACCGUUAUCUGUGUACAUCAGCUACUGGAAGAAGCUAGUGCAGCAGAGCUCGCAAUACAUUAAGGAACACCAGAAGCUGGAUUUGCGGAAACCGACGCAUUAUCUGCUGUACAAUUUGUUCCGCGACAUAGUACAUAAAAAUUCGGAAACAGUCGAGGUUUUAAACAGUGCCAUCUUCGAAGACGUGGCGUUUCUGGACCAGCAGCAUCUAACGAAGAAGGAGAUUUUAGCGGUGCUAGAUCCCACGGAAGACAAGGAGGUCAUUCGCAGGCUAGAGCCAGAGGAGUAUAUUAAUAAACUAAAGCGAGUCAAACAAUUACAGAUGAACACCUUCCAAGCGCUCCAGGAUUUUGUCCUCAAGGAGAACCCACACACGCUCGAGGAAAUUUUGGCGAAUCUCCUUCUGUCACUUGAGGGAGAAAGCUUAAAUGACUUUAUUGCAUUGAUUCUAUCGGAGAUUCUCUCUCCAGGUUCACAAGGACUACAAUCUUCAUCUAACAGCUGGUUUACUCCAAUUGCUGUUGCGGAAGCCACGCAGCGUGGGGCGCAGAUAUCUAAUGCACUUUCUAAACUCAACCCGUCCGCGGUCAACUGGAAUCGUGUCUUCAAUUUAAUGUCCACGAAGUACUUCCUGAACAGGGUCAUUGCCCCUACAUUGGCGUCUCUCAGUGCCACUUUCAGCGCAUUAGGUAACGGUUUGUUGAUUGAUCAGUUUUUUAACUGCGAUUGGAACUUAGUCUUUAAACUAAAUCUGGCAAUAUUGCUUCAUCAGUGGAAUCCUCAGCAAGGCUGCAUCGAUUUACUACAAACGAAAGACUUGAGGAAAGUCUCUAAAGUACUCCCAAACUCAAAGAACUCCUUGUUAUAUCUCACAUCGGUAUCGAAGCUCGAUAUUGAACUGUUCUUAUCAAGAGAGGAGUUUGGCUCCAGUCCUAUGUUCCAAUUAUUCCAUGAUUGUUUCUUCGAUGAUUACAAUAUUGUUCCCGAAUAUUUGGCCUUGACUUUGAUCUCAGAAACGAAGCAUUUCAGUCUUAUGGUUGAAAAUAAGGCGAUUAUUAACGAACUAUUGGUCACUCUAAUGGUCCAAGUAUUUGAAAAAUCUCCGAUGGUAUUUGGUGAGCUUAUCAAGAAAAUCCCCAACCACAAGGUCAUUGAAGUUGGAAGAAUCAUAAUUAACAAGGAUACCACCCCGCUUGCUAAUUUUGUACAGAUCCUUUACGAGGAAAAAAAGCUGGAGGAUUUUAUCAGAAGUAUUCCGUUUAAAGAAUCGCUGAAGAUUACUCCUAGUGCUAGGAAGGUGGGAUGGACUGGCUUUGAGGAAUACAUCAAGUCCAAACUCUCCCCUGAGUCUGUCAACACUAUUAUUGACUUCAUUGAUCUUCAAGCUAGUAUGGAUGAUCAAAAUACCCCAUUUAGGUCGUCUAGGGUAUACGAUCUUUCAGCAUUGCAUUUCGUUGUUACUUUACUGGAUGCUUAUACUUUACCAAAGGAAACGAGGAGAAGACUUAAUGAUGUCGAGUACAAGCUUUUAAAUACGUUUCCGAGGUUGAUCAACUUUGGACAUGGGCAUGAUGAAGCGAUUUUGGCGAACGGCGAUUUAGUUCCUAUUGCAACUGAUGUCGAAAAGGAAAUGCAAACGUAUUUGCAGAAGAUGUACAACAAGGAAAUGCAGAUAAAGGACGUGGUGGAUAUUCUGAGGAAGCUAAGAGAUAGUGAUAAUUCUCGUGAUCAAGAUAUAUUCUCUUGUAUUACCCACGCUGUCAUAGCGGAGACUAAAUUUUUCAAGGAAUACCCAUUGGAGGCUUUAGCAACCACAUCUGUAUUAUUUGGUUCAAUGAUUCUAUUUGAUCUUUUAAGGGGAUUUGUAUUGGAUGUUGCGUUCAAGAUAAUUGCUGAUUUUGCAAUGGAAGGGCCUGAGUCAAAGAUGUUUAAGUUUUCUGUUCAAGCUUUAUAUGCGUUUAGGAUUCGUCUUCAUGAGUUCCCUGAAUUUUGCCGGUCCUUGGUUGAUGAAAUCCCAAGCCUCCAAUCGCAGCCUCAGAUAUUCCAGAUAUUAGCGGAGUCUGCUGCACAGACUAGUGGAAAGGCGUCUGGUAGUGCUGGUGCUUUCCCCCAAAUCCCAGAUAUGAUUACUUUAAACUAUUUUAAUGUUAAUGAGCUUCCAGUUAAUGUCCCCCAGGAGAACCCUGCACGUGAAAUAACAGAGAAGGUUCUGUUUGUUGUUAAUAAUAUUACGAUGGAUAAUUUUAGCGGAAAGAUUGCGGAUCUAACAAACCUACUUGAGGAAAAAUAUUAUGCGUGGUUUUCCAAUUAUUUGGUAAACCAGAGGGCCAAAACCGAGCCCAAUUACCAUGAACUAUAUGCUAACAUGUUGGAGGCAGUUGACUCAAAACUGCUGCACAAAUAUAUGCUGAACUCCACCUAUAAGCAAUUGUAUCUGCUUCUCUCCACUAAGGAUAUUUCAUCGAACGAUAAAAAUCACUUAAAAAAUUUGGGCGCGUGGUUAGGAAAUAUCACCCUAGGGGUAGAUAAACCCAUCAGACAUCGUAAUAUUGCAUUCAGGGAGCUCUUACUGGAUUCCUACAAGAAAGGCCGCCUCGAAAUUGUUGUUCCUUUCGUCACUAAAGUGUUGCAACAAGCGGCAAAUUCCAGAGUUUUCAGACCUCCAAGCCCGUGGACAGUGGGUAUUUUGCGUGUAUUACUAGAACUUAAUGAGAAGGCCAACUGGAAAUUGAACUUGACUUUUGAGGUUGAGGUUCUAUUCAAAGCUUUGGGCCUGAAAUUGACUGAUUUGAAACCUUCAAAGUUUGUAGAUAUCCCAGAGGUAACUGAAUACCUAGCUGGUAACCUUCGAACGUUAACCAUUGAGCAGCAGCAGAUUGAGCAGCAGCAGCAGCUAAUAUCUAUGCAAACAUAUCAACAACAGCUUGCGUUGCUACAUCGACAGCAACAGCAACAACAACAACAACAACAACAACAACAACAACAACAACAACAACAACAACAACAACAACAACAGCAGCAGCAGCAGCAGCAAUCGCAGCAACCCCAGCCGCAGCAGACCCAGCAACAAAUGCAACAGACCCAGCAACAGCCUCAGACUCAGUCUACUGCCCACCAGCAAGCACAGGCUCAACAAUCCCAGCAACAACAACAAAUGCAUGCCAUGUCUAAUAACGUUAAUUUACAUGGUGAGCAACCACCAAUGGAUGGAGAUGGUAUCUUUAAUAACCUUGUUGGCCAGUCCGCUUUUGUUACACAUCCAGAUCUGAAACUUUUGUUCAUGAUGGCCAUGUCUAAGGCUAUCAGAGAGAUUUUAGUACCAACUGUUGAGAAGUCAACGAGUAUUGCGGUGAUCACGACAAUCAGUAUUAUGCUAAAGGACUUUGCGACAGAAGUGGAUGAAAUAAAACUAAAGACAGCAGCUAUUGGGAUGGUUAGAAAAUUGGCUCAAAGUCUGGCGCACUCCACGUCCAUUGAACUGCUAAAGGAAAAUAUUCGUACGCAUACUCAGGCAUUGACACCAAAUCUAAUUAGUAUCAACAUGAAUCAUUCUCCAUUGGAAGAACUGAAUAUGGCGAUUGAUGACAAUAUUAACAGUGCAUUGGCUCCAAUUGAGAAGGCAGCGAUGGAUAAAGUUACACAGGAUAUCGGAGAUCAGCUGAUGCAAGCUAUAGCUAUCAGGCGUUAUCAUAAAGAGCGGAGGUCUGAUCAGCCAUUCCUAGCUCCCAAUGCUAGUAAUUAUGCCUUAAGUUUACCCGAACCAUUGGGUUUAAAGACAACAGGUAUUACGCCGCAACAAUUUAGGAUAUAUGAGGAAUUUGCGAAGUUGAGUGUUGUUCCUGAACAAGUGAUGCAUAUGGCGCCAAAUCAUGCGGUCUCUAGCCAACAAGUGGCCAAUAAUCAGCUUCUUCAGCAGCAGAAAAUUCUGCAACAACAGAUGCAGCAAUCUCAAACUCAAAUCCAAACGGAUGCUACUCAUCAGCAGCCGCUCCAGCAACCUCUAGCUGCACAGCCGCAAAUUCACCCACCACUGAAUCGUAUUCAAACCGAAUUAGAACAGAAUCAGAAAGUUCUUGUUCAAUUCAUGGAUAGGCUGGUUCUCCAUAUUAAAGAGAAUGCAGACAAGAAACUUUCCGACCUAGGAAGCGACAAUGCCAUUAAGGAAACGAUCUACCAGAUUCUGACCUUUAUUGCCAGGAGUGCACAGAAGGAUCAACUUGCAUUGAAGGUAUCCCAAGCAGUGGUAAACAGCUUAUUUGGUACAAGCGAAAGCGUUCUGUGCAGGGAAGUGCUAUCACUCUUAUUAGAGAAAUUAUGUUCUCUCUCAAUAGUUGCCAGAAAGGAUGUCAUAUGGUGGUUGGUAUAUGCUUUGGACACUAGAAAGUUUAACGUUCCAGUUAUCCGCGCUUUGCUUGAGGUAAACUUGAUAGAUAUUGCCGAGCUGGAUGCUGUUUUGGUUACUGCAAUGAAAAAUUCGAUGGAUGGUGCAAUCAGAUUUGCUAUGGAUCUUAUCAGAGAUACCACUUUGUCCAAUAAUCCAAUACUUAUGCGCUUAGACUUUGUCUGCACCUUAGAAUACUUGAGGCUGUUUGACCUCGAAGAGACAAGAGCCUUUUUCAAAGAAUUCGAAGAAUGUAAAAUCAUGCCAGUGGCCAAAAAUACUAAAGCCACAAAUAAAGAACGUAUAUGGCUAGUUUUUACUGAAUGGGUAAAGCUGCUACAGCGAGUAAGCAGUAAUGAUGUUGUGACCACUGUUUUUAUGCGACAGCUAAUGGAUCGUGGAGUUCUAGACUCCAGUGACAAAACUAUUGAGUUUGUGAAAGCUUCUCUAGAACUAGCGGUGAGUUCUUUCAAGGAAAGUGACCCCACAGGAGAAGUAUUCACGGCUGUUGAUGCUUUAAGCAAUUUGAUUGCCCGUCUACUGUACCUACAAGACUUUUCGCAAACUAGUAGAACAGAUUACCUAAACUUGAUCUUUUCCACCGUGACGCUCGUGUUUGCUAAAGAUCAUGAAGUUAACGACUCAACUUUCAAUGAAAGGCCUUAUUUCAGAUUUUUCUCCAGCUUAUUGUGCGAGUGGGAGUCUUUGAGAGGUCAUAAUUUUAUUAAGAUAAAGGAUGAGCAAUGCAGGAAUGAGCUUUUAUCUUUUGAUACCGAUUUCUUCAAUACUUUUGCGUCGUUCUUGCAUUGCUAUCAAUCAAUUGCCUUCCCAGGAUUUGCCUUUGCGUGGAUUACAUUGAUAUCUCAUCGGAUGUUUUUGCCGAAUGUCCUUCGCCUACCUAACAAUGCAGGCUGGCAUAGUUGUGUUUUGCUUUUAUCUGACCUGUUGAAGUUCCUCUCUCAAUAUAUUAAAAAAGAGGAGACGUCGGACGCCGUUUCUGUUGUUUACAAAGGUACGUUGCGUAUCUUUUUGGCCAUAGCAAACGAUGUCCCUGAAUUUCUUGUGCAGAAUCAUUACGAGCUGAUCAACAAUGUGCCGAGAUCUUGUAUUCAGUUGAAAAACAUUAUUCUUUCGUCAUUUCCUAAAAAAAUGCUACUACCAGAUCCCUAUAGGACCGAUCUAGAGCUUGAUCGUCUAGAGCUGUGCGAGCAACCCCCUAAGGUGUUCUACGAUCCCGUUCAAGAUCUCAAGAACUUAAAAAAACCAGUGGACAAUUACCUCCGGAUUCCAUCGGCGUCCCUGAUUAGGACAAUAUCCGCCGGCGUCCUCAGAUCUGAGUACGAAUACGAAGCAGGCAUUGGCUACGACAUUAACACUGUCGAUGUCAAGCUUAUCAAUGCUAUUGUCUUGCAUGUUGGAAUUGAAGCUGCCCUUGAAAAACAGAAGACCAGCUUUAACGCGGUUUUCAGCACCAACGCGACAUACUACACUCUCCUCAGCUCUUUGAUCAACGAAGGUUCCAUUGAAGUUAAAUUCCAUGUUAUUCAGGCGAUGGUCAAUCAGUUGAGAUAUCCAAAUGCGCACACCCACUGGUUUAACUUUGUGUUAAGAAACAUGUUCGUAUCGGAUCAGUGGGGUGAUCAGACCUUGGACGUCCAAGAAAUCAUCAUCCGUAGUCUUCUAGAACGGAUUAUAACCAGUAAACCACAUUGCUGGGGCGUGGUAUUCACAUUUGUUAGCCUCUUGCGCAUGGACAAUAUCAAACUGCAGGAGUUGCCAUUCAUUAAUGAUACACCGGAGAUGAAGCUCAUCUUCCAGAACUUAAGCAAAUAUCUUGUUAACUCGACCAACUCUAAUGAUAAACAGUCUCAUGAGACUCCAUUAGAGCAACAAUCAUGA